GGGCGGCCGGAAGCGGAUGCUGCACCGAGCGGGAAGCGGAAGUUGCGGCUCCCGGGGUCUCGGAGACGACGCGACAUGGAACCGGCGGGUCGCCCUGCGGCCGGGAGCGACGGGCAGCCGGUGGAGGAGCGGGCCGAGCCUCCCGGCGGGACCGGGCUGUCGGCCGGCCUGGUCAGCGCCUCCGGCACCAACGGCAAGGCCGUUGUGUGUGAGCGCUGCGGCUCCCGGGUGCUGAGCCCGGGAACAGCGCGGUACCGCCGCAGAGAGCUGUUCCUCCCAUCCAUGAGGCAGAAGGUGGCGCUGGGCACUGAGGACAACGCGGUCACAGGGGAUAUGCUGCAGGAGCACUGGUUUGUGGACGACAUGUACACCUUUGAAAAUGUUGGAUUCACGAAGAAUGUGAAUAACAUCAAGUACCUUGUGUGUGCCGACUGUGAGAUUGGCCCCAUCGGCUGGCACUGUCUGGAUGACAAGAAGAGCUUCUACGUUGCUCUGGAUCGAGUGCAGCAUGAAUAGUGGGUGACGAGGAGCUUUAGGGGCCACAGAUCGAUCUACUGACGGGAUCAGUGUAUCAUUCACAUUAAACCUGUUCCGGGGGCUGGACAGGGACUUCAUUAUAUGUUUUGUCCGGCAGCAACUGCUUCAGAGUAUUAGUCCAAGCCAUGGUACCAGGACGUGCUCAUCAAUUUGGUGUUCUGUGGUGACCAGCUGAUUGCUUGGCCUGUAUUUCCAGGUUGUCAUUAAAAUAAGUCUUACAACUGCCAUGUGCUGUUGUUAUUGAGCAGCUCCAGUGAAAUGUAGGUGACUGGGGUGUUUCUACCAUUCGUAUCCCACAGGGAGAGGGAUUGGCAGGUUGUCCCACAGAUACCAUGAGUGUGGUUGGGCCCACAAUGGGAUGAGGAGAGGGUGCAGCACUAAUACGCACAGUGAGGGUUGUGAUGCUGUGUCAUGUCCAUCCCUGGCUGUGGGUAGAGUGGCUGUACCAUGACUACCCCACAAUUACUGGGGGGGAGCAGAGUUUCAGAAUAGUUACAGCAUCCUGAUACCAUCCGGCUCCCCUUUGAGGACGACAAUUGAAUCUGCGUCCACUACUAUUCCCGGGCAGUGCAUUCAGACUCUAACCACUCGUGUUAGAGUUUUUCCUCAUGUCACUUUUGGUUGUUUUGUUUAAACCCCUUCAUUGUAUAUCCCCUAGUUCUUGUCCCUUCCACCCUUUGUUUCUCUAUCCACUCUUUACCUUACAUGAUUUUUAAACUCUCCCACAACCUCCUCUGUUUUUUCUUCAUAACUUAAGUCCCUCACCUCUGGACUCACCUUAGUAAAUCUCUCCUGUGCCUCCUCCAACAUCCUUGGCAAAGUGUGACUCCCAGAACCAAACUGGCUGAACUAGUGUUUUGUAAAUGUUUUUCAUUACUUCCAUGAUCUUGUACUCUGUGCCUCUAUUUAUGAAGUCCAGGAUCGUGGGCAUUUUAUUUGAACCAAUUUUCCUGCUCUGUCAUUUUCAGGAACUAUGUCCAUACACCCCAGAUCUUUUGUUCUUGUAUCCCUUUUAUAAUUGUACCUUCCAGUUUGUAUUCCAUUUUCUCAUUAUUCCUCCCAAAAUGAAACACUUAGCAUUUCACCUGCCACCUAUGUGCCACUCCACCACUGAAUAUAUCUUGAAAUCUCUUGCCGCCCUCAUGAUUCAUUGUGCUUCCAAUUUUUUGCUGUCUACAGGCUUGGAAAUUGUACACCCAAAUUCAAGCUGCUGAUAUAAAGUGGUCCUAGCACCAAACCCUGGGAUCUCCAUUGUACACCUCUCUCCAGCCCAAAAGAAUAGUUUACUACCACUUCCUGUUUUCUAAUCAUUCCAUUACAGCAUCUUUUAUUCUACAAGGGCAUCAUAUGCCUGUAGAUUUGUAUUCCAGUCCUCUUGAUGUAAAGGUUGCUGUUCAUUUAGAAAUCUAACUAUUACAUUUCAAUUCAUGGCAAAAAACAAACUGCUGGAGGAACUGAUGCACAGUCUCAAUCCAAAACAUCAGCCAUCUGAUCAAUACUACUCGACCUGCUGAGUUCCUGCAGCAGUUUGUUUUUUGUUCCAAAUUCCAGCAUCUGCAGUCUCUUGUGUCUCCAAUAAGAACCUUUGUUUCUUUGGAAAUCCAUUAGCUUCCAUCCUUUUACUAUUGAACUCGCAGUGUUCUCAACUUUCUUGGUUCAAAGUGGUUCAAAAUCUUUACUUGUCUACCUGGAAAUCUAUUUGCCAUAGUUUUGACUAUUCACUUAGUUCAUUAAUAUAUUACACCUAUAUUGGCUACAAUGCAAACUGUCUUUGUGUUAUUCGUAAACUUGGAUGUGUUGCUUUCUUUUCCCUUGUCUAUGAAAUGUAUAAAUAAAGUGAAUAAUUACAGCCCAGCACUGAUCCAUGCAGGAAACCACGAGUCACAUUCUGCUAAACAGUUGUCACCGGAAGCUCAAAGUACUGUGGGUUUCCAGAAAGCAUUAGAUUAAAUUUUCUGUAAGUUAUUGAACUAAAUUUGAAAUUGAUUUGUGGAAGUGAAGGCAAUUGAUGGAUGAGGCCAAUAAAGUACUUUAUUCUAUGCAUAGACAUUUCUCCCAUCUACUGCUUUAGUCACUUUAUAUAAAGAAAAUCAGCCAGAUUCAUUAAGUGCAUGGUGACUUUCCCUCAUCAGCUGAAAAUUUUCAUGUUCAGCUAUUCUCAAUUGUAGCUGGUGAUACUUUCAUGGCAAAAUUAGGCUUAGUUGUAGAAUUCCCUGGUUUCCUCAUCUCACCUUAAGUAGCAGAGUGACCUACAGUUUCUCAAUCAAAGGUAACAGUUCCUGAAGGAAGAACUUUGGAAGAUUAUAGUUGGGGUGUCUGCAGUCUUGUCACCAACUUCAAACCCUGAAGUGGAACCCAUCUGGUUCUGGUAGUUUGUCAUAUUAAAGUGAUACUAUUUUCUUUUGUAAUUGUUAUACUUGCAUUAAAUUUGCUAAAUCUC